CCCUCCGGCCCCGCUUUUGUGUCUGUCGCCUUCUGCUCAUGCCGCGUCCGGCCGCUUCCCGCGGUGGCCGCUGCUGAGCCGCCCGACUCAGCCGAGCACCGAGGACACGACGGCGCCCGCCGCCGCCGCAGCGCGGGGCGCACGAGGGACUAUGGGAAACGGGAUGUGUUCCCGAAAGCAGAAGCGGAUCUUCCAGACCCUGCUGCUGCUCACGGUGGUCUUCGGCUUCCUGUACGGCGCGAUGCUCUACUUGGAACUGCAGACCCAGCUGCGCAAAGCCGAGGCGGUGGCGCUCAAGUACCAGCAGCAUCAGGACUCGCUCUCUGCCCAGUUGCAAGUUGUGUAUGAACACAGGUCAAGAUUAGAGAAGUCUUUGCAAAAAGAAAGGCUUGAACACAAGAAAGCAAAGGAAGAUUUCCUUGUUUACAAGUUAGAAGCACAAGAAACGCUAAACAAAGGAAGGCAAGAUUCCAAUAGCAGAUACAGUGCAUUGAAUGUCCAGCAUCAGAUGCUGAAAAGUCAGCAUGAGGAGCUGAAGAAACAGCACAGUGACUUGGAAGAGGAGCAUCGCAAGCAAGGGGAAGACUUCAGCAGAACAUUCAAUGACCACAAACAGAGAUACCUACAGCUCCAGCAAGAAAAGGAACAAGAACUGUCUAAGCUGAAAGAAACUGUAUAUAAUUUGAGAGAAGAGAAUAAACAACUAAGAAAAGCACACCAAGACAUUCACACACAGCUUCAAGAUGUCAAGCAACAGCAUAAGAAUUUACUCUCCGAGCACGAACGGCUUUUAGUGACUCUGGAAGACCACAAGAGUGCACUGUCUGCUGCACAGACUCAAGUUGCAGAAUAUAAACAACUAAAGGACACUCUGAACAGGAUUCCGAGCUUUCGAAAUCCUGACACAGAAGAGCAUCGAAAUGUCACCUUUCUUCGUGGGACUCCACAAGGUUCCAACAUAAGAGUGAAACCAACAGAAGAGCUAAGAGAGGUGCCUCUGCAUAACGAGGUGUGGCAGAACCAGGAAGCAGUGCCUAGAAGGACGGAGGAGAAGCCUUUCUCUUCCAUCCAGAAGGGAGCCGGGUUUCAGGCCGCAGCGGAACAGAACCAAGUGGAGCCCAGGGAGCCAGAGGAGCAUCGAGUGGAGGAGGAGCACAGGAAGGCACUGGAAGAGGAGGAAAUGGAGCAGGUGGGGCAGGCGGAGCGUCUAGAGGAAGAACAUGACCCCUCACCGGAGGAACAGGAUCGGGAGUGGCGCGAUCAGCAGAGACAGGAUGCAGCCCACCUUCUGGAUGGCCGCCCUCAAGCUGAGGUGGACCAUCCCACCAAGGCAAUCACGAAAUCCCGGUCCCCAUACGAGGAGCAGCUGGACCAGCAGAGGCUGGCGGCGAGGAGGGAUGAGGAGGCUCAGAGGCUCAGAGAACACCAGGAAGCCUUGCACCAGCAGAGGCUACACGGACACUUGCUGCGGCGGCGGCAGCAGCAGCAGCUCCUGGCCAGAGAGAUGGCUCAGCAGGAUCAAGCAGGGCUUGAGGAAGCCCAGCAGCACCCGGAGAAGCAACGGCAGCAAGUUGAUUACAAUGCUGUAGAGAACGACCACGUUGUGCAGGGAGCCGAGGACCAGAGAAUCCAUGAAGAGGAGGAAGGAGCCUAUGAAAGAGAUAACCAGCGCCAAGAUGAAGCUGAAGGAGACACGGGCGACAGACAGGAGCGUCACGAACCAGGACCCCAAGAAUCUGACCCAGAAGCUGAGGCAGAUAGGGCAGCUGUGGAGGAUAUAAACCCAGCAGAUGACCCCAACAACCAAGGGGAAGAUGAAUUUGAGGAAGCUGAGCAAGUGAGAGAAGAAAAUUUGCCCGAGGAAAGUGAAGAGCGAAAACAAGGUGAAGCCAAGCAGGAGAACACAGAAAUGGAUGAGCACUUGGUGAUGGCAGGGAAUCCAGACCAGCAGGAGGAUAAUGUUGAUGAGCAGUACCAGGAAGAAGGAGAGGAGGAGGUUCAGGAAGAUUUGACUGAAGAGAAGAAAAGGGAAUUGGAGCAUAAUGCUGAAGAGACCUAUGGUGAAAAUGCUGGGGACAAAAAUAAUGAUGUUGAAGAACAAGGAGCUCAAGACGGUGCCCACCCCAAAGGAAGGGAGGAGCCGUAUGAGGAGGAGGAGGACGAGGAAGAAGACGGGGCAGCCGCUGCCGAGAAAUCACAUCGCAGAGCCGAAAUGUAGCUGGACGCAAUUUCUGCACCGUGCUCAGCCAACCAUUUUUUUUUCAAGCUGCUCUAAAACAAAUCCCGCCUACUGAACUCUAGAAUAUUUAAUUACAUACAAAAGUAAGGGUUUAGAGUUUUUUUAACUUUUAUAUUAGAAAUGCUAUACAUUUAUAUGAAUAUAUUUUGAUAACUUAGCUUAGAACUUCUUUUAUAGUCAAGUUCAACACGGACGGGAAGACAAACAGUAUGGCACGCCUUCGCGUCUGAGUCUCGCUCCUCAGAGAAGCUGUGAUGUUGUAAAGUGCUUGGCUGUUGUUGUGCAUGGUACAGCUCAUUACCUUUUUGUCUCCUGGCUUCCAGGGAGUCUACCGUUUAUAUCGGAUGAAAGGCAGGAUUGGAUCUAGAGACAAGGCGUACUGAAAAGCCCUGUACGCAAAUGUGGAGGGAUGACUGGUAGCCUAGCAGCUGCCUCGGCAGGUUCUUCUGUACAGCGCUGAUAGGAUGUCUCUGCUACAGGCUGUCUAGAAAUGAGAUCCAUCUGCACAGCCGACGUACAACUGGAAAACCUUUAUUUGUGGCAGAGCAAAGACAUGCUUUUUACGAAGUUUAGGUCAGAAGAAUAUUUAGCAAUGCUUAAAAUCACAGCGGUCGUGCUUGAGACUCAAGUGUGAAGGUUGAAUAAUAUUAGGACUCCUAUGAAGGUAUCUUGGACUUAGUCUCUUGUUACAGAGGCCAAACAGGGCCUGACACACUUAGAAACUGAUGUGGUGUGUGUGAUGGUGCUUCCUGGGUGAUCGCCCAUGCUCCAUCAUUUCUUGUCUUAAGUCUCAUUGUUAUAUGCCCAUCGGUAUCCAGUUUCUACCACUUAAUGUUUCUCCCUUAAGCUCUGUGCCUUGGUAUGUAACCAUUUGGAUCACGGUUGUUCACAUGAAAGCAGGCAAUGUUACGGUUUAAUAAGAUUAUUUUUCAAACUAUGUCGUGAAAUAUCUAUAGCACUAUGAUAGAAACUCCACCCUCAGUGGCUUUACUAUUUACCCAGAAUUGACCUGCCUUUGCCUAUAUAUAAGGCAUUUAAUGGCUUUUGAAUAAUAAUACAUCCCUUAGGGGAAAAUGCAAAGUGGAAAUUUUUCCUUGAAAUGAGCACAUGUUUUAGUUUGAAUCAUCAAUAUUGUUGAACAUGUAGAACUGGUCCACAAUUCAUCUGUGUGUGGUUUUUAAAUACUACUUUCAAAAUAAUAAAAUGAAUUUCAUUUUCUGCUAUUAUUGUAUGAACCUAAUUUUAGUUUUUAAUAACCACACUCAUUUUUUAUUUUCCCAGCUGAGCAAUUGUGUGUGUGUGUGUGUGUGUGUGUGUAUGUGUGGCGGUGUGUGUGCAUAGAAAUGUUCUGUUCAAGUGUAUUGUGGAUUACCAGUAACCAUAAAUCAAAUUUUAUCUUUAUGUAUAAAAGCCCCUUAUGUAAUGUAAAAUGUAUAAUAUUGUACAUAAUACUCAAAAUACAAUUAUUUUGGUAAAUUAGUUUGUAUUUUAAUGUCCCGGUUGCAGUAUUUAAUUAUUUGAAACUUGGGUAAUAAUCAAUAAAGCUAUAAAGAGUGAAGGGGUAAGUCUUGAAGCAUAUAAUUUCUUAGUGGUUUGUGAUCUAUGGUUUUUCUUUAUAAGAAGAAUACAAAUUAAUGAAUUAUUAAAUGCCUUUCCCAAA